AUGUAUACUGUCUUAUACCUUAUAUUGAUUUUAACAACAGGGCAAAUCAGAUUUCGACAAAUAAUUCUUACGGCUGUAGCAGCAACAACGGAUACAGCUUCCAAUGAAUUAGUCAAGUCUCGAAUAGAAAAUGGUCGUUUCAUUAAUUCAUUCAAUUCCCAAUAUAAAUUGCCUCAUCUAGGCCUUGUUUUUAUCUGGAAGAUCACUUCACAGGGCAAUACACGAUUGCCGUCUAAUAAAAAAGAACUUGAUAAAAUGUUACCUGUUAUUCGACAUAAGAAAUCCGAAGAACUAUAUCUAACAAAACUCGGUCUACGAUUUAUCUGGAUUGGACAUGCUUCAUGUUUUGUUCAAAUGAACAGUUUUCGAUUUCUUGUCGAUCCAGUUUUCAGUGAACGAUGUGGUAUCGCAUCAUUUAUCGGACCGAAACGUUUCCGUCCACCGGCAUUAAUAAUAAAUGAUUUACCCGAUGAUCUCGAUGCUAUACUUAUUUCACAUAAUCAUUUUGAUCAUCUCGAUUAUUCUAGCGUAAAAGAAUUAAAUAAACGUUAUGGUGAACGACUAACUUGGUUCUGUGGUCGAGGUACUCGACAAUGGUUUCUUGAUAAACAUGUAAAAAAUGUUGUUGAGCUCGAUUGGUGGGAAGAGUAUCAUUUUUCGAAAAAAAAAGUGAACAUUGCAUUUUGUCCAGCUCAACACUGGAGUGGUCGUACUGCAUUCGAUACAAACAAAUCUUUAUGGGGCGGUCAUGCUGUCUGGGAUGCUACACACAAAUUUUACUUUGCCGGCGAUACAGGUUAUACUCAUAACAUUUCAAUUUUUCGACAAAUUGGCGAAAAAUAUGGCCCAUUCAACUUAAGUGCUAUACCGAUCGGUAAUUACGAACCACAAUGGAUAAAGCAAGCUCAUCAUGUGUCACCAGAUGAAGCUGUUCAAAUACAUAUUGAUGUUCAAUCAAAAAAAUCGAUUGGCAUUCACUGGGGUACAUGGGGAUUGGGAAAUGAAUAUUUUAUGGAACCACCUGUGAAACUUUCUAAAGCAGUUAAAAUCAAUCAACUCGAUCCGUCAUCAUUUAUUGUAGUUAAACAUGGUGAAAUUUUUGAUUUACCCUAG